UGUUCGCUUCAGUAUGUUGCGGCCUCUGCUAAAGCGCGGUCGUAUCUGAGUUUCUUGAGCAAUUGUUUUUUUUUUUUCGAUCGGGACGAUCGUCAUCGUCGUUUUCUCUCGUCAAUCCGAUCGUUAUAAUCGUCGGUAUAAUUUUAUCAAAACGAACCAAGUACGUCAUCGACGUAAUCCUAAGGAGUGUUACGUUUGAGGACAAGUCACCGAAAAAGCAACGAAUCGAUUUGAUAGAUCGCAAGCAAGUGUGCUCGACCUCGUGACCUUCGAAUCGUCCGAUAAUAUACGCGAUCGCGUUUUGUCGGCUGGUACGAGAAUAUCUUCCAAAGAGGAUCUAAUAGAAAGAAAGAAAGAAAGAAAGAAAGAAAAAAAGAAAGAAGGAACUAAAACAAAAAGAAACUGAGAGAACGAAAGAAAUAAAGAAAAAUAUAUAUAUAUACAUAUAUAUAUAUAUAUAUUUAUAUACAUAGAUAGAUAGAUAGAUAAAAGGAGAGCAACGUUCUCCUUUUCUUAAUGCUGUGCUCUUAUUCUUCCUCUUCUUCUUAAUUUUCAUCUUCCUCGUAGAGUUGGAAGUUUCGCGGCUCCGAGGCCGCGUUCUUCCGCGUUCUCUCCUCCUUUCAAGUGAACGUACGCGCGCGCACAAGUACAAGAGCUUCCUCUUUCUUGUUUCUCCGCAUCAUCAUCAUCAUCAUCAUCAUUUCUCUCUCUCUCUCCUCUCUCUCUCUCUCUCUCUUUCACACACACACACAUACACACACUUUUUCUCUUUCUCUCUCUCUCUCUCUCCCUCCUCAUCAUAAUAGAAGAAAACGAAGAAAAAGAAGAGACGAGGGAUACUCUGUUGAUCGUGCGCGUCUAUGCGAGUGAGUGCUACAUCUACGUUUGUUUUUUUUUUUUUUUUUUUCGUGAAGAUUUCAUCGGAUAUCCAUCGACACGCGUCGUAUACAUACAUCGUACACACACACACACACAUAUACAUAUCGUACACAACAAAUAAAUAAACAGAUACACUUAAAUAUAACGACAAAUAAACGUCAUUUGGGGAAAAAAUAAAGAAGAAAGGAAGGAAGGAAGGAAGGAAGGAAGAAAUAAAGGAAUAUAGUACAACAUUAAUAAAUUAGAGAAUCUAGUGUUACACGCUGGUGUUGUUGCUGGUGUUAUUUAACGUAAACCAUCAUCGAGUAAUAUCGUCCAUCUCACUCUUUCUAAUAUUCAUUCUCUUUCUCUCUAUCGUUCCUUUCCGGCGAAGAGCAGAGAAAGAGAAAGAGAAGGUGAAGGAGGAGGAGUAGAAGGAGGACCAAGUUCGCCGACUUUUUCGCGAGGAUGUCGAGGUAGCCUACCGAGCUUCCCUCUGAGCCCUCGCGAAUAUAUACACUCGCGCGCACUAACACACAUAUAUACCCGUCCACGACGAAACACACAUCGACGAAGCACUCCACUCUCUUUCAUCCGCGGGAUUGGAUUACCAUGCUGGACACGGCCACGAGUCGCAGGUGGCCGUUAGCAGCAGUUCAGGCUGAAACCGUGAAGAGUACGAAUUGGCAGCAGUAUGAAAACAAAAUAGCGUUGAGACAUCGGCUAUCUUCCUGCUGAGGCCACUUUGCCAUGUUGUUUAGCGGGUCGAUUUUUCUUUCGGCAGGUGAGCGGGAGGGAGGCGCUGCUGACCGGUGACGGCGGCGGCCAUGCGCCCUGGCCCGCUAAUACAGCCGAGCCGCCGCAGGCCUCCCCGUCGCCAGCAUCAGGUGCCCCAUCGGCUGCACUAUCAUCAAAUCUCCCAACAUCAACAACAACACCGACGUCAACGUCAUCGACGACAUCCUCGAUCUUGUUCACGUCACCAGGACGAACAACAACAACAACAACAACAACAACAACAACAACAGCAGCAGCAAGAAGACCAACGUCAUUAUCAUCAUUAUCAUUAUCAUUAUUAUCAUCGUAAUCAUCAUCAUCAACAGGAACGUCAACGUGCAGGUGGACGAAGAAGAGAUUUCCAAAGAGGGCAUUUAUUAUCUUCGAGAAAAAGUCUUCUUGUUCUUCUGUUGUUGGCAAGCAGCCCUUUGGUCCUUGGCUUGGCUGAACCAUCGUCUGCACUCGAAUGGCAAAGAAGGACAAGCUACACUUCCUAUUCCCCUUCCUCAUACUCUGACGGAUCCUCGAAGCAGGCCUUCGAUAGGAACGCCAUCGAUAGAAACGUCAUCCUUAGCUCUGCCUCCCAAACGAGAAUGCCGCUGAACAAGCCACAGAAUCUUACGAUUGGAUACCUCACAGCUAUCAAGGGUGGCCUCAAGGAUCGACAGGGACUUGCCAUUUCUGGUGCUCUGUCUAUGGCACUCGACGAGAUCAACAACGACCCAAACAUCUUGCCAAAUGUGAGACUGGAUAUGCGUUGGAGCGAUACAAGGGGAGAGACCGUAGAAGCUACGAAAGCGAUGAUUGACAUGAUCUGCGAAGGGGUCGCGGCCUUCUUCGGACCCGAAGGCUCCUGCUACGUCGAGGCCAUAGUCGCUCAGUCACGAAAUAUACCUAUGAUCAGCUACAAAUGUUCGGACUACAAAGCUUCGAAAGUGAACACCUUUGCAAGAACGGAGCCGCCGGAUACGCAAGUUACGAAGUCAGUGAUAGCUCUUCUACUCCAUUACGGCUGGAACAAAUUCACGAUUAUAACGGAAAUCGCCUGGUCGACGGUAGCUCGUUCGCUCGAAGAACAGGCGACGAAGCACAAUCUGACGGUGAAUCACUACAGGACCGUCGAGGAUCGUCAUACUUGCUGUGAGGAGAGGCUACCGUGCUGUCAAGUCAGCAUAUGGUUCCAACUUAUACAAGAGACCAAAAAUAUGACGAGAAUAUAUAUCUUUUUGGGUACUGCUAUAUCUCUGAUAGAUAUGAUGAAUUCGAUGAUGAAUCAAAGGUUACUGGAUAACGGGGAAUACAUGGUCAUACACGUGGACAUGAUGACAUAUUCACCACGAGAAGCACAAAAGUACUUAUGGAAACCGGAACAUCUCGACAGCAUGGAAAAUUGUCUCGAACCGAAGGAUUUUCUGAAGAAGGCAAGAUCGCUUAUGGUAGUCGCUUCCACGCCACCCACACAAAAUUACGAAGAAUUUACGAAAAAAGUUCGAGAGUAUAGCAACAAGGAACCGUUCAACUUCGUUAUUCCAGAACUUCUGAGAAAGUAUGAAAAGUAUGUCUCUAUCCACGCGGCGUAUCUUUACGAUUCGGUGAAGCUAUAUGCUCGAGCACUGGAUCAACUUAUACGAGAUCAACCGGAACAUAAUCUUCACGAUAUCGCUAGUAAUGGAACGCAAAUAAUAGAGACGAUCAUAAAAAAUCACACGUAUCAAAGUGUAAGCGGUGCAACAAUAAAGUUGGAUAAGUUUGGAGAUUCGGAGGGAAACUUUUCGGUGCUAGCUCUGAAGAAGGAUCCCUUUCGUUUCAACAACUUUUCCUGCGAUUAUCAAAUGAAACCUGUGGGACAGUUUCAACAGGGUGAAACUCUAGUAUACAGACCAUCAGAGUCUAUGGAUUGGCCAGGUAAAAACAAGCCGGAAGCCGAGCCUGGUUGUGGUUUUCUCAACGAGCACUGUCCCAAAGAUGAUACUCAUCUUCGUAGUAUCGUUGCUGCCGGUGUCCUCGCUGUUUUAUUAUUCUGCGCCGCUGUGAUCACGAUGAGCAUCUAUCGAAGAUGGAAGAUCGAACAGGAGAUCGAAGGUUUGCUCUGGAAGAUAGAUCCAGGCGAGAUACAUGGCUAUCCUCAUCUCGAUAAUAUGAUGUCUUCCCCUAGUAAGUUAAGUUUAGUUAGUGCAAUGUCUUACGAGUCGAGAUGUGGCGGUCAAGUAUUCGCACAAACUGGCCAUUACCACGGCGUAAUGGUGCGAAUAAAGGAGUUAAAGUUUUCAAAGAAGAAGGAUAUAUCGCGUGAUGUCAUGAAGGAGAUGCGUAUUCUUCGUGAAAUCAGACACGGUAAUUUAAAUUCUUUCAUCGGUGCGUGUGUAGAACCGAUGAGGAUCUUGCUGAUUACCGAUUAUUGUGCCAAAGGAAGUCUUUAUGACAUCAUCGAGAACGAAGAUAUAAAAUUAGAUGAUAUGUUCAUUGCGUCGUUAGUUCACGAUCUCAUUAAGGGUAUGCUUUACAUUCACGAGUCAUCAGUGCUAGUCUGUCACGGUAAUCUAAAGUCUUCCAAUUGCGUGGUGACUUCACGUUGGGUACUCCAAGUUUCUGAUUUUGGUUUACACGAUAUGCGUCACUGUGCCGAGUCUGACAGCAUUGGAGAACAUCAGUAUUAUCGAAACCUGUUUUGGAAAGCCCCUGAGUUGCUGAGAAAUCCUAAUGCACCGAUCAGAGGCACUCAGGAAGGAGAUAUUUACUCUUUUGCUAUUAUACUGUUUGAAAUAAUUGGACGGAAGGGACCGUACGGAGGUGUUAAUUUGGAACCCAAAGAAAUCAUAGACCGAGUGAAAAGGUUCCCAGAAGAUGGUGAACCAUCGUUUAGACCUAACGUAGAGAUACUGUCCGAGUCUGAGGCAGAUUGUGCUGAGUAUAUCGUUAGUACUAUAACCGACUGUUGGGCGGAAAGUCCAGAACUUAGACCAGACUUCAAAGCAAUAAGGACGAGAUUAAAGAAAAUGAAAGCUGGUUGGCAUCGUAAUAUAAUGGACCAAAUGAUGGAUAUGAUGGAGAAAUAUGCGAACAAUCUCGAAGAUCUAGUCAAUGAACGUACACGUUUACUUUUCGAGGAGAAACAAAAAACUGAAGACCUGCUACAUAGAAUGUUACCUGAGCCGGUUGCCAAUUGUUUAACAAACGGUAUAGGAGUAGAACCUGAAGCGUUUGAUUUGGUAACCAUAUAUUUCAGCGACAUCGUUGGUUUCACAGCGAUGUCGGCAGAAAGUACGCCGUUCCAGGUGGUAAACUUUCUCAACGAUCUGUAUACUCUGUUCGAUCGCAUAAUCAAAGGAUACGAUGUGUACAAAGUAGAAACUAUAGGAGAUGCCUACAUGGUUGUAUCAGGAUUACCUUUAAAAAAUGGAAACCGACAUGCUGGAGAAAUAGCAUCGAUGUCCUUGGAAUUACUUAAUGCUGUUAAGCAUCACACGAUAGCUCACCGUCCUCAGGAAACUCUUAAACUUCGUAUUGGAAUUCACACAGGCCCCGUAGUCGCAGGUGUAGUAGGAUUAACAAUGCCUAGAUAUUGUUUAUUUGGCGAUACGGUGAAUACUGCGUCAAGAAUGGAAUCAAACGGUGAACCAUUACGUAUUCACAUAAGUAGUCAGUGCAAGGAUGCUUUGGAUAAGAUAGGUGGUUACAUUAUCGAGGAACGUGGUUUGGUGAAUAUGAAGGGAAAAGGUGAAGUGAAAACUUAUUGGCUUACAGGAGUUACGGAAAAAGCUAUACAAAAAAGAGAGGUGGACGUUGGUGAUCUACCACCACUUUUCUGCAGACCAAGAAGAAGUCCAAAAUUAAAUCCCGAUUCACGUCAGGCAUCAUUAUUAGCUGGUUUAGGUGCUGGUAGUCGAAGACAAUCAAGUGUACCACGUCCAGCUGCUGACGAUUCCUCCUCACAAUGCGGUGGAUCGAGUCCAAUACCAAGAUCACUUCAUGUUCGGAAAUUGGAACGAUCUCCACUUUGUUUAACGGAUAGCUUAUCAAAGACUACAUUGGAAAAUGUUCCACUACGGGAAGAAGCUGCAAAUCGUGCCGUUAACAUCAAGCUCGCUCUCGAUGAUUUCUUCAUAGAUGCUAAGCCAAAAUUUCGAAAGAAUGAAAGAGUAUUGUCUACCAUCGCAUCUUCCUCAACUACUAGCGACUAUCCAUCUCAAGUAGUUAUAAAAGAAUCUCGUUCGUUAGAUCCUUUUCCAUUCGAGGUCUAUGCAAAGAGAUUCGAACAAGAGAACUUUUGUUGGAAGGAACCGAAAAAGAGUUUUCGAUCAUUGGAAAAUUGUGAUAAGUGCGUACGGACCAACUCGAAAACCGAUCUUACCGGUAAAGUUUUGAACAAUAAUUAUCCGAACGGCAAUAUGAUAAUCAUACCUCACACCGACAUAACGUCGAACGAAGCGGAGACUCCUUUACUGAUGGGUGACGAGAGUGGUUGUAUAGGAGAAAUAUUGCCGGUGAAACGUUGGCGCUCUUUGGAUCAAGUGGUACCUGCUCCCAGUACGGACAAUGUGCCAGACAAAAAGUCUUCCGCACGAAAUUCUAUAAGAAGCUGGCUAGUAAAUCUGUUCAAUGGUAAUGGUUUACGCAACAGCGAUGUUUCUUUAAGAAGGGGUGUUAUUGCUGGAUACGAUAUACAGUCAGAGCGUGAGAGUAUAGUUUGAAUGAAUUGUUUUUUUUUUUAUUAUCCUUACUACGCUUCUCCUUCUUAAAAGGAAACAAGUUUAUAAUGAUGUAAUAGAAGAAUCUUGUAUAUCGCGAACGAAAGUGUAUAAUGUAUAUUAUGUUUAUGAGUCAUAAGCAUGAUUAAUUGUUGCCAUGUUUUUUUAGAUUAUGUACGUGAAAUUUAUAUAUAUAUAUAUGUGUGUAUGUAUAUAUAUAUAUAUAUAUAUAUAUAUAUAUAUAUAUAAAUAAUACGUAUAUAUGUAUACAUAUAUAUCUACAUAUACAUAUACAUUUAUAUGUAUGUAUGCAUGUAUGUAUAUAUAUAUGUGCGUGUGAAAGUUACCGACAAUGUAUAUUUUUAUUACCUAGAUAUUUUAUAAUUCGUACUAUAUAAACUGUGCGUCAGCGUCGAUGCCGAAAGUGACUUACGUAGCGCAGGACUGUUGCCUUGCCUAUUAAGAUUUUUAAUCCGAGUACGUAAUGAGGACAGACAAGAAAUUAUUUUAUAAAUAUCGUUCUAACCAAAGUGUAAAGAUGCGUGAGAUCGUUCAGAUCUCUUAUGAGUUAGCAUAAUAAAACUUCUCGCGUAGAAGGAAAUGAGCUAACGCAGCUGGAGUAUACGUACGUCUUCCGCAUACAUCGUUCAAUUUGCUCCAUGCUCAUGUUUAAAGUAUGUACAUAUGGUGUGUGUACGUAAAUACCUGCAUACAUAUGUACAUAUAUAUAUAUAUAUAUAUAUAUAUA